AUGGGAGCGUCUCUCGGGUUUGCGAGUAUGAACUUUCACUCCAUCCUGACCGACUUGUUUGGAGCCUCUCUUAUGAGCUGCAACCCUCAUCAGGAAGUCGUCGAUGACUUUGAUGCCCGGCGGCAUGGCGGAGGCAUGGGUGUAUGGUUAGGCAUUUGGACUUGGUGUUGGAUUGGGUCCCUAGGAGUUGGGUUUCUAGUUGGGGCCGGCAUUAUCGACAAUCACCCUCCAGCUUGGGGGUUCUAUGUCAGCAUCAUAACUAUUGCCAUUGUGCUUUUUCUCAACGUUGUCUGUCCCGAGGUUCGCCGAUCAGCGUAUCGACGUUCCGUGGCUGAAGUCCGAACUGGAGAAGAUAUCUCGCGGCGAGUAGCUCGCGGCGAAAUCAUGAUGCAUCGAGUGAAGACGGGCCCCAAAUGGUGGGGACAGGAGGUGUAUCAUGGCAUCGCACUUAGCUGUGAAAUGCUACGCCAGCCAGGAUUUGCAGUCCUGACAGUGUACUCUGCCUGGAUUUACGCUCAGGCAGUGCUGAUCAUCAUCCUCUUGGGAUCACUUGUUUCCCGGUUUUAUCACAUGCAGCCCACUGAAGUUGGUUUAUUUGUUGGAUGCAUGGCGUUGGGUGCACUUCUCGCAAUACCAUUCCAAAAAGCCAAUUUAUUCUCGCGGUCUCGUCAAGCUCAGUUGAACAGCAAUUUAGCCACACUGGACAGGAAAGUUGCUUGGUCAUCUCACCUGGUUCGUCGGAUUGUCUUUACACUUCUCUUGCCUCUAGCUGGAAUUUGUUAUGCAGCCGUAUCGUCGGGACCACCAAUACACGUCAGCAUACCGACAAUCUUUUCAGGAUUUGUUGGGUUCUUUUCCAGUCUUGCCAUCUCGGAAUGUAACGGGUUGGUCAUGGAGGCUUUUGAUUGCUCCGAUUUAUCUCCAGGAAUGACUGGACGCCAAAGAGGCGGUUCCGGCAGGAAUCAGAAGAGAACCAAUUACUCAUCGUUCCCGCGUGUCACAGCAGGAUUCGCAUCUAUACAUUCCCUAGCAUUCUUCUUUGCUGCUGGUGCUACCGCUCUAGGCGGCCAUGUGACCAGAACCUUGGGGCAGCAAGUUUCUACAGGCGUGGUAGCAGGGAUCCUGCUCAUAUUGACUGUUUUGUUGCUUGUCAUUCUUCUUCGUUUUACUGAAGUUCAAAUUGUCCCGAAAUCCAAAUCACAAGAAAUGGAUAGAUUGGUAGAGGCCCGUCGACGUUCGACCAUUAGAAGAGUCUCCAUGCCUAAUAACUCACAAGCGAUACUCGAUGAGGAGAGGGCAUGGCGGCCGGCCAUGAUUGGAAACCCAACUAGCAAGAAACGCCGUAUGAAUAUUUUUGAACUCGGUAGCAUGACCCGCUGGCAGGAGAUCCGAAAGAAGAAUAAGUUGAUUGACGCUGGUGCUCAUCUCAACAGAGAAGCAUGGGACCAAGGAAUGGAUGCUUUGGAUGACCAACUAAGCGACUUCAAAAAGGACGCACAUGGACUCUGGCACGGAAAGAAACGGAGUGCAAGAAGGGUAUGUCGUACAGACGAGAGCAGCGACGCCGGUCAUCAAAUAGAGAUGAGAAACUUGGAAGACCAAGGAAAACGCGGCAGACGAGAGUGUGCGCUAAGCCGAACCUCGGAUGAGGGAAUCGCUGGCAACAGGAGGCGACGAGGAAAGCGUUGA